AUGAGUUCAAACAGACCCAAACGGCAUGGUUUAGUUCCUGCCGCACCGUUAUUGUCCAACAUCAAGCCCGAGGACAUCCCACCGCCUACACCUAUCAACUUUCCCCAAUGCUAUCUCCAGGUCCAGAAUGACGAUCAGCAACAAACCGACUCGGCUCCUGAGGGCCGGGCCCGGAAGCCUGUUACGAAGUUGCUGCAGAGCAUAGUGCGGCCAACUGACCUUUCCAUAUCGCACCUGGAAGCCUUGGGAGUGCACGUCAUCCCGAACUCGGCCCCCCAGGAGCUCGUCCCAGACCCGUCCUUCAUCCCGGACUUUGCUGCUUGGGAUGCUCUCUCAGGUGAGGAGGCCCAUCUGAAAAAUGAAUCUACCAGGAAACGUCUGAACAAUGGCGCACUGUCCCCCGGCUGCCAGACUUACCUGGACCGGAAGCGUGAGCUGUCUAUCGACAAUGAUGCCGCCUACCGGACCGUCCGUAGGUUGCCCGCCCCCAAAGGUCAACCUCAAGCUCGGUUAGGAAAUGCCUAUGAGUUCUACCGUCACCUCGAGCUGUUCACACCCUACUGGGAUGACACUUCGAAACCAACACCGCCUGGGCCCAAGCCAACAGAAACGACAUCUUCAGAAACUGCCAGUGGCGCAGAAAGUGACGCCAAAGAGCAGGAAGACGAUGCCAACACCCCCAAGGAAGCCCAAUACUUCAGGACUUUUUCCGGUGACAAGAUGCCCCCCGACUACCGCGGCGGCAUGGUCACCGCCUUCCUCAAGCUCGUAGCCUACGACUUUGGCUGCAACGUCACCUCCCCCCGUGUCGAACCCCGUCUCCUCAUCACCACCAACCAGUCUUCCCCCCGGUCUCGCAGUUCCUACUUCACCUCCGGAUGCACAUUCCUCUUCCGCUCACCCACCACCCGUGAAGCCGCCCGCGCCGGUGUAGUCGAAGGCCCCCUCGCCGCCGUCUCAGCCCGGCACACCACCGCCUUCCCACCAACCCCCUCAACAGACAGGGAAUCCCUCCUCGACCUCUCCCGCGAGCUCAUCACAGCCCUCAUCACAGCCCAGCACCGCGCUCGCGAAGGGAAAACAGAGAAACGCAUCGGGGAAAACGCCUGGUGGGCCACCAAGCCCAGGUGGGGAGGCGGUCCAGGAGGUCCCAUAGGAAGGGAAAUCGAAGCCCAAUCCGCCAAGUCAACCAACGACGUCAUCCUCGGCGACAAGGAUGCCCCUCCUCCCCCUGUUGUCCCCCCUUCUCCUGCUAUUCCCUCUUCGCCAGCACCCCCUCCUUCCUCGGCACCAUCAAUAACCAGCUCCCUCGCCCGCCGGCCUUAUUCUUCGCUUUCCCCCUCCUCCUCAAGAAGUAACUCCAGCUCUGGCUCAAGCUCGAAACGUCUAAAGACAAAGUCGGGCAAAGACGGAAAGCAAAACCCUAUUUAUGACGCGUACCGCCGUGUUCAACCUCCUAACUCGACGUGGGACAAAAAGGCAAAGUAUACUGCUAUCGGAAGGGUCAAAGCAGCGGGGUAUGAUGAUAUUUUUGUCAUUUCGGGGUUAUUCCACCACAUCAGCGUUGUCCGCGUCAGGGUGCCAAACAGGUUGUUGGAAGUGCUAGAGGGGGAUUUGAACGAGAUUGACAAGAGGGGGGGAAGGAGCUGGGGGAAGAUUGAGGUGAGAAGGAGUCAGUGGUUUGACUUUUUCAAGGUGGAGGAGAGGAUCGAGGCGGUGCAGCUGCUUUGGGGGCUUAUGGCUUGGUUGAUGAGGGAGGAGGAGAAGGGGCAGGGGGGAGGGGAUGUGGUUAUGAGUGGUUGA